AUGGGCAGUAAACCCAGGUUGAGUGUGGCUCCUGAAGUGGAUAUUAUGGACUACUGCAAAAAAGAAUGGAGAGGAAAUACUCAGAAAGCCACAUGUAUGAAAAAGGGCUAUGAGGAAGUUUCUCAGAAAUUCACUUCCAUAAGGCGAGUUCGUGGUGAUAACUACUGUGCAUUGAGGGCCACACUGUUCCAGGCCAUGAGCCAGCCGGCCGAGCUGCCUCCCUGGCUGCAGGACCUGGAGCUCACACUGUUACCAGAAAAGCUGAUAAACAAGUAUACCUGGAUCAAGCAGUGGAAACUUGGACUGAAAUUUGAUGGGAAGAGUGAGGACUUGGUUGAAAAAAUUAAGGAAUCCCUUGCCCUGCUAAGGAAGAAGUGGGUAUGCCUGGCUGCAAUGAAAACGGCUGAAGCAAGGCAGACAGCUUGCGAUGAACUGUUCACGAACGAAGAGGAGGAGUACAGCCUCUAUGAAGCUGUAAAGUUCCUCAUGCUAAACAGAGCCAUCGAACUGUAUGAUGACAAGGAGAAGGGAAAGGAAGUUCCGUUUUUCUCUGUGCUCUUGUUUGCCCGAGACACAUCAAAUGACCCUGAACAGCUCCUGAGGAACCACCUAAACCAGGUGGGACACACUGGUGGCCUUGAACAGGUUGAAAUGUUCCUUCUUGCCUAUGCUGUUCGCCACACCAUCCAGGUGUACCGGCUGUCCAAGUAUAACACUGAGGAAUUCAUCACGGUGUAUCCCACUGACCCCCCCACGGACUGGCCAAUGGUGACCCUCAUAGCUGAGGAUGAUCGACACUAUAACAUCCCUGUCAGAGUGUGUGAGGAGACAAGUCUGUGAGGGACACAUGUGAACAGCCAAGAGAUGCACACAUGCAGCUCCUCUUCUGGUGGCCUCAGAUCUGCAGGUCUCCAAGGACAAUUUGGGAAAACUCUUGGCCCCCUGGAGCCAACUUUGGACCAUUAUGAUCUGAAGACUAGCUGUUGAUAAUGAGAAUUAAUUAGCCGAGCCUUCACUCAUUGUUCUGUUACACAGUAUGUUUCACUGGGGGCUUCAGCACGUGCCUUUGGAAGGUGCAAACUGUGUCUCCAUAAGGCAGAUGCUUUUGGGUCAGAGGAAACUGUUUGGAAAGGAAUCUGUCCAAUGAAAGUUCUGACGGUAAACUGGUUUUUACUUCUCUUUUUAAAACAGUA